AUGAUGGAGACAGGAAGCAGCUCCAGGGCACUCGUCGUCACUGUGGUGUAUCUGAGCCUCUUCUUGGACAACGUGUUGCUCACGGUUGUUGUGCCAAUUAUUCCCGAUUUCCUUUGCACCCUGGACGGAAACUCGACGACAAACGGUGAAAACGACGAGAACAGUCGGGUGGGAUUAUUGUUAAGCUCAAAGGCGCUGGUGCAAUUAAUACUAAAUCCAGCAGUGGGCACCCUCACGGGCUCUUUGGGUUACACCAAGCCUCUGUUCCUUGGGAACCUAAGCCUCCUAUUGGCUGCAAUACUGUUCGCGUUCGGGCAAACUUACGAAGUGCUCUUCCUCGCUCGAAGCAUCCAGGGCAUUUCCUCCGCGUGCAUCGGCGUUUCCGGGAUGUCACUGGUCGCGUCUCAGUACCAAGAAGAGGACAAGAGGUCGAAGAUCAUGGGCUUCGUGCUUGGAAGCAUCGCGCUGGGUGUCCUCGUCGGAUAUCCGAUUGGCUCCGUGCUCUACGAUCUCGAGGGGAAAAUGGCACCUUUCUUGCUGGUGUCCUGUUUCAUCAUCGUCGCCGUAUGUUUGCAGGUCUUUACGUUGGACGUCGAAAUGAACACCGAGUCGAACGAGAGAGAAACGUCUUGGACACAUCUGUUGACCGACCCGUAUAUCCUAAUCAUCUUUGGAGCUAUAUGGUGUUCGACGACACCAAUGGCUAUCUUAGAGCCCUGCUUACCAAUCUGGCUACGAACUCACAUCAAACCCAAGAAAUGGCAGCUGGGCACGGUGUUCAUCCCAGACAGCGUGGGCUACCUAGUUGGGACCAACUUUUUCAGCAUGAUAGCCUAUCGCUAUGGACGAAGCAAGAUCGCUGUUCUGGCCAUGCUGUUGGUCGGCAUAAGCGCCAUUUUGAUACCAUCCGCCCAGACAAUGUCGCAACUGAUAGUUCCGCAUCUAGGAAUGGGUUUGGGUAUCGGAGUGGCAGACGCUGCUCUGGUGCCAUUGUUAGCCAGCCUGGUGGACCAAAAUGGCAAUUAUGGACCUGUUUACUCGAUUCAACAAGUGGCUGUUAGUCUGGCCUAUUCUCUUGGGCCCAUCGUGGGUGGAGAAAUGGUAAAGACGAUCGGUUUCCAGUGGGUGAUGCGAAUCAUCGGCUUAAUGAACGUCGGCUACUGCCCUCUGCUAAUAUACCUCACCUUGGAAAGGAGAAAAUUGCUAGCUCAGCAAAAUGAAAAAAAGGAUUACGAGACCUUUCAGAAAUCAGUGGCGAAAUACGAGCGAUUUCGGGACUCCGACGACGAUCUCUGA